AGCAUAAUCACAAUGUCCUCCUCUUCAUAUUUCGGCCUCUCUCUGAUCUGAAAUCUUCAUUUCCCUUCUCAGAUAAAUCACAUAUUAGCAGAGAGGUACGCUAAUUCUUGUAUCCCGUAUGUCAUAUUGUAUAGUCAUCAAAAAACAAAAAGGAAAAAAAAAAUUAUUUAGUUGCUUCGUUUCUUUCAUUACUUUUGCUUUGCUUCAUAUAUUGGAUUGUCUGAACCUGUAAUCACUUAAAAGCAAAGAGAUUUUGCUUUUUUUGUUAUCUGUACACAUCCAGCAAGGAAAAACAAUCUUACCUUCAUUGGUCAGUCUUUCCUCUUUUCCUGUGUCUUUGAUAUUGCUAAGUUUAAGCAUCAUCCUUGGUUUAAAAAAAGGGGAAAGUAGAGAAUGGAAAAAAUCUGCUUUUCAGUUCUUGGAAAACUCGCAGAGUACACAGUAGCACCAGUUCUGCGACAGUUUAGCUAUCUGAUUCACUGUGAGAGCAACAUCGAUAAUCUCACCAGCCAGGCUGGGAGGCUGGCCGACAAAAGAGAUGGAAUACAGCUAGCCAUGGAUGCGGCGACCAGAAACUUAGAGACUAUUGCUCCUGAAGUUGAGUCCUGGCUGCAUGAUGUUAACAAUACCAUACAGGACAAGGAGACGUGUUUUGAGGAAGAAACUGUAGCAAAGGCAACAUGCUGUAAUGGAUGGUUUCCAAAUUUGAAGUAUCGUCAUUCCUUGAGUAGGAAAGCUAAGAAGAUGACUGUGAUUGUUGAUAAGCUCCUUGGAGACGGGAGUUUCGCAGUCAUAUCUCACCCAGCUCCUCCCCCAGAGAUAUUUCCAUUUCCAAACAAAAAACAUUCCGAGUCUGUUGAUAAGGCUUUGGCCAAGCCCCAUGAAUGGGCAAGCUCCUCAGGAACCUCCAACCCUGCUCCUCCAUCACUUAUGAAACUAUCUGAGAAUUUGGAAUACAGAUUACCUUAUACGAAGGUCGUGAAUGCUUUGCAUAAUGAUGAUAUCAACAUGAUUGGCAUUUGCGGGACAAUCAAAGGAGGAGAUACGAUGACAGCAAAAGAAUUCAUCCAGAUAGUAAAACACCAAGAUAUAUUUGAGGAGGUUGUGAUGGCAGUUGUGUCCCAUGAUCCAGACUUGAAGCGGAUACAAGUCGAAAUUGGAGAUAUGCUAGGGCUGAAUUUGGAAAAUAUGAGUUUGAUUGAAGGAGCAGAGAUGCUUCAUUCUAGAAUGUUUAGCGAUACAGAGAGGUUCCUUGUUGUAUUGGCUGAUGUUUGGAAAAUACUUGAUUUGGAAGCAGUUGGAAUCCCUCAUGGUGAAAGUAACCAAGGAUGCAAGAUCAUAUUUUUGUCAAGACUGCCAAAUGUAUUUAGUGAGUUGAGAACUCAGAGUAAUUUCAAAUUGUUAUUGACAUCUAUAUCCGUUGAAGGACCCAUGGAUUUUGAAUCAAGAAGUUCAGUCCUUACAGAAGUAAUGAAUGCUCUCACCGAUGACCAAAUAAACCCAAUUGUAAUAUGCGGAAUGCCUGGUAUAGGCAAGACAACCUUGGUGAAAGAAGUUGGAAAAAAGGCAAAAGAAGGCGGCCUAUUCGAUGAGGUUGCAAUGGCUGUUAUGACCCAGGAUCCUGACUUGAGUCAUAUUCAAGAUGAAAUUGCAGAUUUUCUGGGUUUGAAACUUACUGAACAGAGUUUACCUGGAAGAGCAUAUAAGUUACGUGGAAGAUUAUCGGGUAGUAAGAGGGUUCUUGUAAUAUUAGACAAUGUUUCAACACCAGUAGAUUUGGAAGCAUUAGGUAUUCCACUUUGUUGUGAUAAACAGGGUUGCAAGAUUCUGGUAUCAUCACGAAGCCAAGAUAGAUUCAAUGAGAUAAAAACCAAAAAGAAUUUUCCUAUUGGUGUUUUGAAAGAAUCAGAAGCAUGGUGUCUGUUUAAGGAGUCGGCAGGCGAUUCCAUUGAAUCUCCAGAGCUACAUUCUGUAGCACAUCAGGUUCUGAGUGAGUGUGCUGGUUUGCCAAUUGCAAUUUCUACUGUUGGAAGGGCACUGCAACAUAAAAGCAAGCAAAUGUGGAAAGACGCGGUUAGACAACUAAGAAAGGCUUGUCCGGAGAACAUUCCAGGAGUGAUACAAGAAGUGUAUGGGAAAAUAAAGUUGAGUUACGAAUGUUUAAGUAGCAAGGAAGCCAAAUCAUGUUUUUUACUCUGUUGCCUAUAUCCAGAAAGUGGUAAUAUACUGGUUGAAGAUUUGGUUAAGUAUGGGGUUGGGCUUGGGUUAUUUAACAGCAUUGAUUCAAUGGAAGAAGGAAGAAACAGUGUAGAAACAUUGAUUGACAUACUCAAGAGUUGUUUUUUGUUGUUAGACAGCAACAAGAAAGGGUGCGUUAGAAUGCAUGAUGUGGUCCGCGAUGUUGCCCUGUUCAUAUUCUCUGAGGGUAAAGAGAGAUUUUUGGUAAGAUGUGAAGUGGAACUGAAGGAUUGGCCUAAGAUUAAUAGUGUUUCUAAGCAGUACAUGUGCAGUACACUGAUAAACAAUCAAACUCAUCAGCAUACUGUGCUUUUAUUAUUGUCAAGCAUGGAUAAAUUGUCUUUGGAACCACCAUCCACUAUAUUUGAAGGAAUGGGAGAUCUUAAGGUUUUAGGCAUGAGGAGCACAGUUGUUUCGCCAAUACUGCCAUCGCUUCCACUUUUAAGAAACCUUCAAACGUUGUCUCUGGAGCAUUGCAAUUUUAACAACGAUCAUGUCAAGAUACUCAACAGUGUCCUCGGAAAGCUACGGACACUGAUGAUACUCAGCUUUCGUGGCUCUUGCAUCAAAGAAUUACCUGAUGAACUUAAAAAUUUGUCGAAGCUAAGGUUGCUAGAUUUGACAGGAUGUAUUGGUCUUGAGAUGAUUUCACCACGUGUCAUUUCUAGCUUAACCCAACUAGAGGAAUUAUACAUGUGGAAUAGCUUUGACAACUGGGUGGUCCUAAGAGAUGAACAUGUCUCAGAAACCCUACUAAGAGAUGAACAUGCCUCAAAAAAUACCCAACUGUUCAGGCCAGAGGAGUUGGUGAAUAUCUUUGAGUCAGCUCGUUUUGAGGAACAUAGGAAAGUAAACACUAAUGCAGAACUUUCAGAGCUACUUUCCUUGAGCUGUUUGACUAGUUUAGAAGCUGCUCUUCCACCAACUAAAACUAUGCAAAGCAGUGUGGCAUUUCAUAAGCUUGAAAGAUUUAAAAUCUCUAUAGAAUCCAGGAAAUCCAUUUAUAAUUUCUUCAUGGAUGAGGAAAGAAGAUUGGAUGUAAGCCCUUCUGAGAACUACUUGAGACUUCAUGAUCUUGAUGGAAACUCUCUUGUCGGAAGUACAAUCUCUAUGUUACUGAAGAAAACCAACACACUAGAUCUGAAAAUGAAAAAGCUCAAGGAUGCUCUCAAUUUCAUAGAUGGAGACUGUUUUGUAAACUUGAAGUCUCUAACACUGCAAGAUUGUAAGGCUAUGGAAUAUCUCAUUGACAUGACGGAUAUAGUUCCACUUCCACGUAAUGCAGUGCUUCCGGUCUUAGAUACGCUGAAUAUCCGAAGUGCAGAUAGGAUGAAGGAGAUAUGUCAUGGUCAGCUUCCAAUGGGGUCAUUUGAAAAGCUAAUCCAGAUAUCUUUAAGCAAUCUGUCUCAAUUGACACAUGUAUGGAAGAUAGAAGCUCAGUUUGAAUGCCUCGAAAAUCUAAGACGUGUCGUUGUGAAAUCCUGUUCAGCUUUGAAGUUUGUCUUCCUGUUGUCUACUGGUAAUGAUCUUAAGCAACUUGAAGAACUAGAGAUUGCAUCUUGCCCGUCCUUGGAAGAGAUAUUUACCUUGGAAGGAUCAGGACAUCAGAUCAAGUGCCUGAAUUUGAUACGAUUGAGUCUUGUUGAUCUAAGGCUUAAGGCAAGCACAAACGCAUGCAUGAUGAACUUCCCUCAACUAAUCACCUUGGAGCUCAGACGCCUACCAGAACUCAUCAGUCUCUUUCCGAGUCAUUUGGCUUCAAAACACAGCUCUAAUGCCACUAAUGUUCUAUUUGACCCCAAGGUUAAACCUUUUCGUGAGCUACGGUAUAUGGUGGUGAGCAGCUGUAACAAUCUACUUGGUGUUUUCUCAUCCAGUGUGGUGCAAAACUUACAGAAUCUUGAACAACUUGAAGUAUGGUCUUGUGACUCACUGGAAACAGUAUUUGAGCUUGAAGGUUUAGAAAUAAAAGAAAAGGAUGGUGUUACUGCAACACUAUUGUCUUGCUUGGAGAAAAUGGAGUUGGGUGAUCUACCCAUGUUGGCAUACUUGUGGAAGCCACCUCAAAACAUUCUGGCAUUUCAAAACUUAACAACGCUUCAAGUUUCGAGUUGCAACAGAUUGGAAUAUGUGUUCCCGCUCUUCAUGGUAGGAGGUCUAGUAAAACUAGAAUCCAUGUACAUCACAUAUUGCCCUCGAAUAGCAGAAAUUUUUGCAAAAACUGAAGAACAUGGCAAUGAAGAGAAAACAAAUGAAAUUGUUAUUUCUCAGGUAAAAACUCUCCAUCUUUCCGGUUUACAUAGACUCAAAAGAUUUUGUCUUGUACCAUGCACUGUUGACUUCCCAUCAUUGAAAACACUGGUGCUCACCGACUGCGGUGACCUGAAGACAUUUGUUCCACCGGUCGUAGCCACAGGAAGUGACCCGAUCUACCUUUUUGGGGAACAGGUUGAUUUUCCAGUUUUGGAGACACUAGAAAUUCGCGACGUGGACAACUUCAAGGAGAUAUUCAGCAAACAAAUUUCACACAAUUCCUUCUGUGAACUAAGAGAUCUAAACGUGUCCAAUUGUAUGAAAUUAUUGCAUUCGGUGCCAAUGUUUAUGCAAAACAGGUUGCCGAAACUAGAGAAGUUACAUGUCAGUGACUGCAGGUCACUAGAAGGGAUUUUUGAAUUGAGAGAAAUAUCUGCUGAUGAAGGGGAAGCUGUAACCAUUGCACAGUCAGGAGAGACAUCUUCAAUUUCCCAACCUGAACGAAUAAUAAACCAGAUGGAUUCCAGACUAACCCGAGGCUUUCCAAAUUUGACAUCAAUAAAUAUUUCUCAUUGUAACAAUUUGAGAAAUCUGCUCUCUCUCUCCACUGCCAGAGGUCUGGUGAAGCUCAAAAAUCUAUCCAUAGAUCACUGCCAGAAGAUGGAAGAAAUCAUAGCAGCAGAUGGCAAGGAAACAGAGGACACGGUUGUUUUCCCAAUCCUGGAGACACUAGAAAUUCGCGACAUGGACAACUUCAAGGAGAUAUUCAGCAAACAAAUUUCACACAAUUCCUUCUGUGAACUAAGAGAUCUAAACGUGUCCAAUUGUAUGAAAUUAUUGCAUUCGGUGCCAAUGUUUAUGCAAAACAGGUUGCCGAAACUAGAGAAGUUACAUGUCAGUGACUGCAGGUCACUAGAAGGGAUUUUUGAAUUGAGAGAAAUAUCUGCUGAUGAAGGGGAAGCUGUAACCAUUUCACAGUCAGGGGAAACACCUUCUAUUUCCCAACCUGAACGAACAAUAAACCAGAUGGAUUACAGACUAACCAAAGGCUUUCCAAAUUUGACAUCAAUAAAGAUUUCUGGUUGUAACAAUUUGAGAUAUCUGCUUUCUCUCUCCAUUGCCAUAGGUCUGGUGAAGCUCAAAAAUCUAUCCAUAGAUCACUGCCAGAAGAUGGAAGAAAUCAUAGCAGCAGAUGGCAAGGAAACAGAGGACACGGUUGUUUUCCCAAUCCUGGAGACACUAGAAAUUCACUUCAUGGACAACUUCAAGGAGAUAUUCAGCAAACAAAUUUCACACAAUUCCUUCUGUGAGCUAAGAGUAAGAGUACUCAGGGUGUCCUUUUGUAACAAAUUAGAGCGUUUGUUUCCAAUUUAUAUGCAAAAUGGAUUGCAGAAACUGGAGAGCUUAAUUGUGGAACAUUGUUCAUUACUAGAAGAGAUUUUUGAAUGUAGUCGGUCGACUGGCAAUGAGCAUGCUGUCGUAGUAUCCCAAUCUGUAGGGAUACAGAGUCAUCAAGGCUUUCAGAGUCUAACUUCUAUAGAAAUCUUAAAAUGUGAGAGACUGAGAAUUCUGCUCUCACCUCGCAUUGCCAGAGGUCUCACGAAUCUCAAAACUAUAAAUAUAUGCCGUUGCGAGGGGUUGGAAGAAAUAGUAACAAAGGAGGUUGAAGAAACAGAUAUGAGAAACAUUCUCCCUCAGCUAACUUUUCUGAAACUUGACCUUCUAAUUAAUCUCACUAGUUUUUCCCAAGGAAAAUAUAUUUUAGAAUGGCCUUUAAUGGAAGAGAUACUGAUCACGUGGUGCCCCAAGAUGAAAAAAUUCUGUUUUGGGUCCCUCAGCACACCGAGGGAAGUGAAAUUAAGUUUCAAUGAACGCACAGAUGUGAAUCUUCAGCGGGAGCUCGAAAACAGUAGGAAAUAAAGCUGAUCAGAUUUGGAAUUCAUUCGUGGGUGUGCAGGAGUGAAUGCAGGGAGAAGUUUGGUACAGAUUGAGAUACAGUUGUGUUGAUUGCCACAUUUUCGGCUGCAGCAGAAACCAUGUAGACGAUAUACAGUUUUGGUGAAUACAUUUGUUCAAGCAUUGUAACGGCACUUUGGUUAUCUGGAGAAAAAAAAAACAAAAAAAGAGUGUUCAGUGAGAUUGAUAGCUUUGUGAGAGGAGUGAUGGUUGCCUAGUGGAAAAAAAAAA